AUGGUGUCCACAACUUGGGCCAAGAUCUUCUCGGCCAUUUUCUUGAUCCUUUAUGGCGUGAUCUCUCUGAUUUUACUUUUUGUUGGCUUGAAUACGACGAUUGCCUUGGUUUUGGGGCUGGGAAUGCUGUUUUUGACAUUCCUCACAUUACUCUAUUUGGUCGGAAUCCAGAAGAAGAACGAUUGGAUUAUGAUCCCGUUUGUGGUGUCAGAGGUUGGUUUUCUGAUUUUUCUUAUAAAAUUAAAUUUUAAGCAACUUGUUUUUGUAUAAAUCAUUUGAGAGGCGAAAUUGGCUGGCCCGUAUUUUACAAUAAAGAAAAACUAUUUUAGAUUUUUUUGGUCAUGAAAAAUGCUUUUUACGCAGUUAUUUUUCAUAAAAAAUUUUUUCUAUGCAAAUUUAUUCUCUUGUCUAUAAUUUGAUUUCUUAGAAAUUCAGUUAAAAUGAAGCCAUGACUAAAAACAUUGAUCUUUUUAAUAAUCGUAUUUUAGAUGAUAAUCCGAGUGUUUAUCGGGUUUUUGGUGGGCGCAAUCUGGAUCGCCUAUCUCUUGGCCCUAUUCGAUCUAGUCCAAUUUGAAAGUCCAUUUGGUAAGCAAACAAUUUUCAUAUUUAAAUUCAUUUUUUACCCAAAUUUUAUUUUAAUGAAUUUCCAGAGUCAAUCGGAAAUCUACAAUUUUUAUUUUUAUUUGCCCUGGGGGCAACAUUAUCCUUUGCUUUGUGGAUUCGCCUUCUUCUCGUAUUUUAUGAUGGCUACAGGAAAGUGAAAAAAGAAAAUGACCGAAAAAGAAUGGAGAAAGAGGCCAGUGAACAUUACUAUAUGAGGAUUACCACUGCCAGACCCAGCAAAAUCUGA